AUGGAGACAGCGACACAUAUUAACGACCUUCCCGACGACGUCCUCGCUAGGAUUCUAUGGCAUUGUGAAGAGUCAACACCUCCUAAAUUCGACAGUGACGCGUUAUGGUCUCGGCAUUCAUUGUCGGAGAAGCCAUUGUACCUUCACUCGGUCGUUUUAGAUGAAGAUUUCAGCCCCGACGAAGAGUCGUAUCCAGUAUCGUCCCCCUCCGCCGGUCCAAGCGCUGCCAAGAUCUUCCUUGUGUCGUCUGUGUGCCGUCGCUGGCGCGAUGUAGCUCACCGUGACGUCUCCACGCUGCUCGUCGAACGAAAGCAUGCCAUUGCCCUCCAAAAACUCUCAGAUGCCGUCGCGUGCUUCCCUAAUCUCAACCAUCUCCAUCUGUGCGAUUACAGCGUGGAAACCCUAGACGACACCUUCCUCAAUUACCUCGCAUCAGCGUGUCCUAAGCUCAAGAUUCUUCACGUGGGACGCGAAAUCGCUCACCAUCCGGACUAUGUUGGACCGAAGCAUAAGCGCCCCAUCACCGAAGCUGGCCUGGAUCGCUUCUUCCAGCGAUGCACUCAGCUGGAGCAGCUUUCACUGCGCUGCCUCCAUCGGGACGUCCACCUACCCGCUUCCUUCUUCCACCUCACGCGUCUACACACCCUGGCUUUAACAGCCGCCUCCGCCUUAGAAGCUCCAGAUCUGGACAGCCUCGCUUCUCUCACCACUCUCCAUAUCGCCUCCCCGGAGUUGAACGAGGAGCAGCUGGCCAACGUGCGUCGUCUUCCCAACAUCACCAGCCUUUCACUCUCUGCCGGGACCUCGUUUUCUCCUCAUGGCUCGGCUGCCUUAGCCAUCGCACAGCUGCCGCUGAUCAAAUCGCUGGACACUCGCCACGUGUUGCUGUCGGAUUGGCCAGUGACAAGUCUUGAACGGCUGCAGAUAUCAUAUUGCGACGAAUUGAAGCGGUUUCCGGACAGCAUUGCGGAGUUGCUGCCGCGUCUGCGUGAGGUGACCGUUUCCAGGUGCGAGGCCUUUGAGGAGCUGCCCGAGGGUUUCUGUUCCCUGGAGCACCUCGAGACCUUGUCAGUCAUCGAAUGCGACUUCGAAUUUCGCAGCCUGCCUGAAAACAUCGGGAGAUUGACUGCCCUGAAAACUUUGGUUCUGGAUCAUCUGCCGCUGGCGAGCCUGCCUGCCUCCGUUUGCCAGCUCAGCUCCCUGGAGACCUUCUUCCUGCUCUCGUGCGACUCAAUCCGCGAGCUGCCAGCAGGUUUUUGCUGCCUCACAGCUCUCACGACUCUCUGCCUCGGGCGAGUGGCGCUUCCAGCGGACAUAGGCCGCCUGAGUAACCUUCACACCCUGCUUGUGAGAGAUAGCCUCGAGCAUUGGCAUCUGCCGCCCUCGUUAUCCGAGAUCACGUCGCUAACAAGGCUUGAGCUGGACGAGUGCGGCGUGGAGGAGCUGCCAGAGGGCGUGGUGGGAGCGCUCUGCAACCUGCGCCAGCUGCACGUCUCAUACUGCCCUCCGCUCACGGCCCUUCCAGCAUCUGUGACGUGCCUGACUGCCCUUGAAGCUCUCUCACUCGCUUACUGCCAUAAUCUGGCCUCGGCGCCCGCGAGGCUGGACGGCUUGACACGGCUCAAGUGGCUGGAGGUGGCCCAAUACAUGUCCGCGCUGACGGGGCUUCGAUCGCUUCGCCUGGACGUUGUUGCGGUGGCAUGUGGGGUCGCUGUGAGCAGGAGCCUAUCGCACCUGGAGCAUUUGCACCUGAGUUUGGCCGCCGAUGCGGAGGAGCUUCCAUUCGCCUUGACGUUUCUCUCCCGCCUGCGCACCCUGAUUGUUGAGAGCGCAAGGCUUGUCCGGUUGCCGGCCGAUAUCGGGUCAGCAGUGCCGCAGCUGCGGAAGCUGAGCCUGAUAAGUGCGGGCGAGUUGAGGGAGUUGCCAGCGAGUGUGACUGUGCUGCAGAACCUGACAUUCUUGGGGGUUUACGCUGCGGCCAAACUGGCUUCUCUUCCGGAUGACAUCGGUGCCUUAUCCCGGUUGCGCGAGCUGCACCUCAUUCGCUAUCCCUCUGUUUCUCAGGCUAUGCGCAGCUGGAGGCAUUGCCAGGGGGGUUUGUGUGAGGUGAAGGCACUGCGGAUGUUGGAUGUGGAGGAGUGCGGGCAUGUGAAGGACAGUGAUGGGUCUGUGCUCCCCAGAAGCAUCAAUGAGGUGUAUGGGCUGAAAAUAUCCACUUAG